CCAGACAGAAAAGCUGGAAUCAAUGAUGAGUGGGUGAAGGAUUACCUGCUCAAAUACGUGCAGUUGUUUCCUCCAGUCUCCUGCCACCUGGAGAUCAACGUUGACCGGGCCAUUUAUGGCCAUGUCCUUCACAUUCAGGUCCUUCACAUUCCAGGAAAUGUGGAUGUGGUACAGCCUUCACAAGCACCUCCAAGCUGACCCUCAGGCUGGGAGUGACCAUGAGAGGAAGAUGGCUCAGGAGGCUUUCUCCUCCGUUCGACAGUGGCUCGUCAUGAAGGAGGACGACGUCUCUUCAAAGUUGCUGAAGCGCUUCAGACUCUAUAUUGUCACCAAAGAGACAGAGGUGAUAUUUGAGGGCUGGCAUAAAUCGUGUGAGUCUGGUCCUCAUGGGCUCCCCAAAGCAGAUGUCAGGUGGCUGAAAGAGGAUGCUGAAAGAGGGCUCUUCCAGAAGGAAAUGUCUUAUGAGAACAAGCACGGAAACAUCAGGAAGAGAAAAGUCCUCAUGGGUGACAGGAUGUGGUUUGGUCGCCCUGAGUCCGAGUGCCCCGCACGCGCCCAGAAGGACACUUUUCUGUACCGCUGUGGCUACUCCAAAACGGUCAGGCAGAUCUGCCACAUGUCUGGCUGGUACUCCAUGCUGACAGAGGUCCUGGCCUGUAACGCGUGCAGGAAAGCUGCUAAGGAGUCUGAGCAACAUGUCAUCGGUCGCUUUGUGGCGUGCACACUAAUGCAUGGCAUGGACAAGCAGGUGGUCUGGCUGAUGAGGGAAUCGCAGUGA